UCUGUGGCGUCGAAAUUUUCUUGGAUUUUGAAAAUUGGCCUUUCUUUCCCCAAUUCUUCUUCCAAAUCCCAAUCCCAAUCCCAAUCCUUCUAAAAGUUCCUCGCCGGAUUCGUCGCCCGAUUCCUCCAAUCCCUGCUGAGGUUCUGAAUCCCUCCAUCUAUCUCUUCUCUCCACAAUGCCGGAAACUUGCGCCCUCUGCUGCUUCUCCACCUCUUUUGCCGCCUCGAUUUCUCGCGCCAAAGAAGCGCCGCUUUCCUCGUCUUCGUCUUCCUCUUCCCCGCUCGCUUCGCCCCAUAGAUUCUCGUUAAUUCGCCCUCCUCGGCCCUCUUCCCGCCUCGUCUGCACCGCCAAGGCCUCCUCCGGCUCUGGCAAUUUCUCAUUUGACGAUCCGUUCGGGUUCUAUCCCUGGGAUUCUUCCGACGGCGACGCCGCUAUUCAGUGGGUCCCAGAGGAGAGAGUCACAUUGUUCACUACAGAUGGACUCAUUCAGAUUGGAGGUUCUAUGGUCCCUCGGCACAUAUCUUCUUCAGAAAAGAUGCAAGGGAAGUCAAAAGCUUCUCAACGACUCGAACGCUUCCGAGAGAGUGAUUACAUGGAUCCAAGUCAAGGCCUAUGUUUGGGUGCACUCUUUUAUAUUGCAGCAACAAAUGGACUUGAUAUGGGCAGAAGGCUUUGUAUUCUAGGGUUUUGCCGUUCCAUUGAAAUGCUGAGUGAUGUUGUGGAAGACGCAGUGUUAGAGCAUGGUGGGGAGGAUUUUUCAGUUUGUUAGAAAUUCCUAAAACUGAAACCUGGAUUAUAGUUGGAGACUUGGAGUUGACUGAGUGGUUUUUCUAGAAGUGGGAAUUUUUCUGGUUCCCAGUUGCAUAGGGAGCAAGUUAGAAAAAUCCUUGUAAAACUGCUAUUAGCGAUUUUUCCUUUAUGAUAACAUUAAAGUUCAAUCUGUUUCUAUGUUUUAUUGGUUCAUCUAAUAACAUUCAUUUUGAAUCAUGGACUAGGAGAUGAAUGGCUAUUUUAGAACAGUUUCUCCACUGAUUUGAGUCCUUGGCAGUUUUGACAAUUUCUUCAUUUUGUAUCUUUUCCUAUUUUAUGUCUAAAUGUCUUAUCUAGUUCUCAUAGAUAUAUGACAUUGAGGUUCCCUCUCUUGCAUUAAGUCAUUGUCAUUUCAGUCCCAAUCUUUCAGCUCUCGAGGUUGGAAUUUGUCAGUGUUCCUGUGUACCAUUCAGUUUUUAAGUAUUUUUUAGGUCUCUUCCUUUUAUUAAUGGGAACAAAUGGAAAGAAGAAUUAAGAUCUCACUUCCUCAUAAAACAUGACUGAUUCUGGAGCUGAAAGGUCGUCUUCGAUUUUAAUGACUUCUUGGCAAUUUCCUUUACUUGUAUAACGAUUAAGGCAUGAGAUGUAAUGUACCCCUGUUUGACUAUUAGCUUUUGAAGAUUACCAUCCACCUAUUCCUACCACUUGCUUGGCUGCCCAGAAGAGUUUCUGCCAUUGCUUUAGAAAUGUAAAAAAUCUUGGCUUACCCUGCUUGAUGAAGAGAAGCCUGUCAUAAACAUCUAACUACUUCAUCUGAUGGGUGUAUUU